AACAGAGGAGAGGGAGCUGCUGGAAAGGGCAGGCUUUCAUUCACCAGAGAAACAUGUGCACUUCUCCACAAAUUCAGUUUCUGUAAACCCAGGGCUGUGAACAGUAUUGAUUACUGGCUCUCAAUGAGAGGAUUAACGGAAAUUCACUCAAGGGCUUGGACACUUACCGGUGUACAUUUGGAACUUGGUACUGCUGCAUAAUGGGUUACAAAGCGACAUCCAUGCAUUUUGUCUUAAGAUGCCUGUGCUUCAUGCUUCUCCAUUUGUUUAGUGCAGCACAAGAUGAAGAAAUAAGAAGUUGUAGGACUGCACCAUGUGAUUUGGUCUUUAUUCUAGAUGGCUCAUGGAGUGUUGAGGAUGUCAAUUUUGAAAUAGUAAAGCGAUGGCUAGUCAACAUAACCACAAGCUUCAAUAUCGGACAGAAGUUUACCCAAGUUGGAGUUGUCCAAUACAGCGAUGACCCUAGAAUAGAAAUACCUCUGGGGAAGCACUUCUCUAACAAAGACCUCAUCAAAGCCAUGGAAUCCAUUGAGUACAUGGGGGGAAACACAAGGACAGGGACCGCCAUUAAGUUUGCUACAGACAAACUGUUUGGCCUCUCUGAGCGCGGCCCAGCAGGCAUUUCCAGAAUAGCUGUAGUCCUUACAGAUGGGAAGUCUCAAGAUGAGGUUUUGAAAGCAGCAGAGGCAGCAAGGAAAAAAGGAGUAAUUCUGUUUGCAAUUGGUGUUGGGUCAGAAACAGAAGCGGCUGAGUUGAAUGACAUUGCGAACAGGCCAUUUUCAACUUAUGUGUUCUCUGUUGAGGACUACAAAGCUAUUUCCAGGAUCAUACAGGUCAUACGACAGAAACUUUGUGAAGAGACUGUCUGUCCCACAAGAAUUCCUGUAGAUUCCCGUGAUGAGAAGGGCUUUGAUAUUCUCUUACAUUUAAAUUUGGCCAAAAAAGCAAAGAAAACACAAGGGGCAUAUCGUGGCACUAAGGCCUAUGAAGUGACACCUCGUGUCGACUUGAGUGAAGCUACAAGGACACUUUUCCCUGAUGGCCUGCCUCCAUCGUAUGUGUUUGUGUCCACGCUGAGGUAUAAGGGAUCAGUGGCAAUUGAGAACUGGGACUUGUGGAGAAUACAGACAGUUGAUGGAAGACCUCAGAUGGCAGUGACUUUAAAUGGAGUGGACCGCACUGUCAUGUUCACCACAACCAGUGAUUCACCAAGUGGAACUCAAACUGUCACAUUUUCGCAACAGACAGCGAGGCUAUUUGAUGAGAAAUGGCACCAACUGCGACUGCUGGUCACUGAAGAGGAUGUUACUCUUUAUGUUGAUGAUCUGGCAAUUGAAACUCUGUCCUUGGAGCCCCCUGUCGGCAUUUUCAUCAAUGGAAAAACCCAAGUUGGAAAAUAUGUCAGUAAAGAAACAACAGCGCCAUUUGAAAUUCAGAAACUUCGCAUCUACUGUGACCCUGAGCAGAAUACCAGAGAGACAGCAUGUGAAAUACCUGGAGUCUGCUCAAACAAUCCUGAUUUCACUGAACCAACUCAAGAACCUUGUGUUUGUCCUCCUGGAGCUCCCGGACUUCAAGGCAUGAAGGGGGAACAAGGAAACACUGGCAAACCUGGUCAAUCUGGACCUGCUGGUGCUGAUGGUAAGCCUGGUAUCCCUGGCAUUAGAGGAAGUGCAGGCCUGCCAGGUCCUCCAGGAGUAGAGGGUCCACGUGGGCCAGAUGGGUACAAGGGAGAGCAAGGGAGGCCUGGUGUUUCGGGUGAGCGAGGUAUACCUGGAUUACCAGGCUCACCUGGACAACCAGGAGAGAAGGGCUCAGUAGGAUCCACAGGGACGGCAGGGUUGCCAGGAAAAGAUGGCCAAAUGGGAGAAAAAGGAAGUGCGGGACCUCCUGGGCCAUCAGGAUAUCCAGGAGAACCCGGUCUACCUGGGAGGGAUGGAAAGGAUGGAUUACUGGGACGGCCUGGUCAAAAGGGAGAAGCAGGGGCCAGUGGUAUCCCUGGUGCUGAUGGAAGGCAAGGCCACCCUGGUACGCCUGGCUUACUGGGAACAGCAGGUCUGAAUGGACAAAAGGGGGAGCCUGGUUUGCCUGGACUAAGGGGCUUCAAAGGAUUGACCGGACCACCUGGUGAGAUGGGUUUGCCUGGUGUACCUGGUGUAAAAGGACCAAGUGGACACAAGGGGACUAAAGGCGAAAGUGGAAGUCCAGGUACACAUGGGACACCAGGGCCUGCGGGAAGAGCAGGGGAACCAGGACAAGCAGGUCAGCCAGGGCACCCGGGCAUGCCAGGCCUGAAGGGCAGCAAGGGGCAAAAAGGAAAUACAGGUGAAAGAGGAGAGCUGGGGAUGAAAGGUGAAAAAGGAGAGCAUGGUCGGCCGGGGAAUCAUGGCUCAACUGGUCCAACUGGACAUAAAGGAGAGAAAGGGACAACAGGGGAUAUGGGUCAGAGAGGUCAACAAGGUCAAGUGGGGCCGCCUGGACAGCCGGGUAACACAGGCCCAUCUGGCCCCCAGGGGCUAAGGGGAGGCGCUGGUCCUCCUGGCCCACCUGGACCUGAAGGCAGAUCUGCGAGUGAAAUAUCUGAUGUGCACAUUCGUCAAAUUUGCAGAGACAUUAUUCAGUCUGAGUUGCCUUUGCUAAUGCUGAGCCACCAGCAGAGUAGCUGUACCAGAUGCCACAGUCGGCCUGGAUCACCAGGUGUACCGGGUCCAACUGGGCCCCAGGGCAUCAGGGGUCUUCCUGGUCUGUCUGGGUCCAGAGGACAGCCAGGUCGUCCUGGUCUGCCAGGGCACCCUGGUAUUAAUGGGAUUAAAGGAGAUCCAGGUUUCCAGGGUGAGAAGGGGAGCCCUGGUCGAACCACAUUUGGAGACCAAGGGCCACCUGGGCCUCCAGGUCCAAUGGGUCCCCAGGGAUACGGUAAGCCAGGUCCUCCAGGUCAGCCUGGAACCUCUGGUCUAAACGGGGCAGAGGGUAAAAGUGGUAAUCCUGGCAUCCCUGGUCAGCCUGGGGUGUGUGAUCCAUCCAUGUGCUAUGGUAGCAUGAUGAGGCGGGAUCCUUACAGCAAAGGGCCAAACUAUUGACGUAAAGCAACAUCAGUGCAGGCACCAGUCUAGAGCUGAUGUGGAACAAACAGCCAUUCUCAGGAAGAUCUCAUCUUUACAGUUUCUCUCUGUCGUGGAAACAAAACGGACCUCUUCUAACACAUUUUAUGUGAUCUCAGACAAUCAGCAGAGCUAGAUCCUAUCACAUUUUCUCUGUUGUUAUGUUGUAUUGUUAUCCAAAUGUCUUUGAACAAGCUCUGAGUGUUUAAUGGUGUGAAGAGAAUUCAUCAUCGGUUCCAUUUAAUACCUCUCAUCUGAACACCCUGAACUCAUGUACUACAGUGCAUGUAUGCGGUUUGGAUCUUUCUCUGGGCAGUGUGGCUGGUACAUUUUCCCAUAUUGCCCCCUGGUGUUGCUUUGUUGCAUGUCUCUCUAAUUUUUCAGUGCACAUUGAGUUCAGUAAAAACACAUCAUCCAUAAUCUAUAAAUUCCAUGUUCAUUGAAUAAUUUCACCUUGAAUUACAUCUGAAAUUGGCCUGUUUCAGCACAAAAUUCUGUAUGAGUUCCUGUAGCUGAUUAUGAGCUGCUGUAAUCCUGUGUUCCUAAAGCAUUCAGUUUGACUCUCUAUGAAACUAAUGUUAUGUAAAUUAUUACUUCCCCCUAUCACAAUACUUAUUCAUUCACAGAUAAUUUUAUUCCAGUUAGUAAGUAAAAUGUUUUACCAUCAAGAAACCACUGAUAUUUUAGUUUUAAAUUAUGUCCUUUAUGCCCCCUAAAAGGCUUACCUUUCAUUACUGUAGCAGGUAUUUUAUUGUUAUUUAUGAAACUGAGUCAUAACUGUGUAUUUUAGCAGUGACAUGUUUUAAACAGCUUUUGUAAUUUUAUUAUUUUGUCUUAAGUUGACAUGUGUAUGAAUCUU